AUGUGCUUAGCUGCAAGGUCGCACCUCCUUUUCCCCUCAGGUCGCACCUCCUUUUUCCCUCAGGUCGCACCUCCUUUUUCCCCCAAAAAGCAACCUCCCUUUCCCCCCAGGGCGCACCUCCCUUUCCCCCCAGGACGCACCUCCCUUUCCCCCCAGGUCGCACCUCCCCGGACUCUCCUCCCCGCCGCACCUCAUUCCUCCUCAUCCCUCCAAUCCCCUUCUCCUCUGCCCGUCCCUAGCACACCUGACUUGCACAUCUCCCUCAUACUCCCUCCUCCUCUCUCCCCCCUAUCCUCCUCUCUUCCCCCUUCAUCCUUUCCCCCCACUUGUCCUCCUCCCCCUCCGUCCUCCUCUCUCCCCUCUGUCCUCCUCUCUCCCCUCUGUCCUCCUCUCUCCCCCCUGUCCUCCUCCCUCCCCCCUGUCCUCCUCCCUCCCCCUUGUCCUCCUCUCUCCCCCCUGUCCUCCUCCCUCCCCCUUGUCCUCCUCCCUCCCCCUUGUCCUCCUCCCUCCCCCUUGUCCUCCUCUCUCCCCGCCCUCCCGCUGGCAGGACUUGGAGGCGUGGCGGGUGCGGGUAAAUGGAGGGAAGUGCAUCUCGCACUCAACUGCGCUCACACGAACCCACGCAUUCCUCCUCAUCCCUCCAAUCCCCUUCUCCUCUGCCCGUCCCUAGCACACCUGACUUGCACAUCUCCCUCAUGCCCCCCCAACUCUUUUCCUCACUCCCCCUUCCGUUGCCCCUUCUUUCUCCCUCCGGGUGCCCUUUUUCUCCGGGUGCCUCUCCUUCUUUCCCACUCAUUUCCCACUCCUAUCCCCCUGCUGCACCUGGCAGAGCUGCGGAGGUGCUUUCCUUUCGCCCUGCCAUUGCCCUGCCGCUCUCCUCUUUUCGCUGUGUGCUGGGCUGAGUGUGCCGUGCAGGCGGCAGCAGGGCAACGGGGCGCCAUGCAGGGUAUAGGGCAUGGGCGGGGAUGCCUCCACACGUGCUGCUCAUCCUCCUUCCUACCUGCUUAG